GAACACUGCGCACGCGCAAUCCGACUAGGACCGGCGCCACGCUAGAGGCACUUGUCAACAGGCCCGGCCUCACCUCCAGCCCUCCGUCGGCCACAGUACCCAGUCUCCUCCGCCUCGUCCGCCCAACCGGGCUCCCCCCCCCACGCCCUCUCGGCGCCGGCGCUGGUAGCGACUGCGCGCGCAGGGCCUUAGCGGGCGCCGGCGGGAAGGGGAAGCGGCGGGGUAGGAUCAGAUUAUGGGCAACAGUCCUUUUAAUUAAUCUGUCAACAUGGCUAAUGAGGACUGUCCCAAGGCUGGUAAUAGUCCAUUUUCAUCUGAUAAACAUGCCCAACUCAUCUUGGCCCAGAUCAAUAAAAUGAGGAAUGGAGAGCAUUUCUGUGAUGUGCAGCUGCAAGUUGGGAAGGAGACUUUUAAAGUUCAUCGGCUGGUUUUGGCUGCCAGUAGUCCUUACUUUGCAGCUUUAUUCACUGGAGGAAUGAAAGAGUCCUCAAAAGAUGUUGUACAGAUUCUAGGAAUUGAAGCUGGAAUCUUUCAAAUACUUCUAGAUUUCAUUUAUACAGGUAUAGUGAACAUAGGUGUGAAUAAUGUCCAGGAGCUGAUUGUUGCAGCAGACAUGCUACAGUUGACUGAAGUUGUUAAUCUGUGCUGUGAAUUUCUAAAAGGACAAAUUGAUCCAUUGAACUGCAUUGGAAUAUUUCAGUUCUCUGAGCAAAUUGCAUGCCAUGAUCUUUUGGAAUUCACAGAAAACUACAUUCAUGUCCAUUUCUUGGAGGUUCACAGUGGGGAGGAGUUCCUAGCGCUUACAAAAGAUCAACUGAUCAAAAUUUUGCGAAGCGAAGAGCUCAGUAUUGAGGAUGAAUACCAGGUCUUCUUAGCUGCUAUGCAAUGGAUUCUGAAGGACCUGGGAAAAAGAAGAAAACAUGUGGUGGAAGUGCUAGAACCAAUUCGAUUCCCUUUAUUACCUCCUCAGAGGCUUUUAAAGUACAUAGAAGGAGUAUCUGAUUUUAAUCUUCGCAUUGCAUUGCAAACACUUUUGAAAGAGUACUGUGAGGUGUGCAAAUCUCCCAAAGAAAACAAGUUUUGUAGUUUUCUGCAGACAUCCAAGGUUCGGCCUCGGAAGAAAGCAAGAAAGUACCUGUAUGCAGUAGGCGGAUAUACUCGGUUGCAGGGGGGUCGUUGGAGUGAUAGCAGAGCCCUCAGCUGUGUAGAGCGUUUUGACACCUUUAGCCAGUACUGGACCACUGUGUCUUCACUUCAUCAGGCUCGAUGUGGGCUAGGAGUAGCAGUUCUGGGAGGGAUGGUUUACGCUAUUGGAGGUGAAAAGGAUUCAAUGAUUUUUGACUGUACUGAAUGCUAUGAUCCAGUUACUAAACAAUGGACAACUGUAGCUUCAAUGAAUCACCCCCGCUGUGGUUUGGGAGUGUGUGUGUGUUAUGGGGCUAUUUAUGCUUUGGGUGGAUGGGUUGGAGCAGAGAUAGGUAACACCAUUGAACGAUUUGAUCCUGAUGAAAAUAAGUGGGAAGUAGUUGGCAACAUGGCUAUGUCACGCUACUACUUCGGGUGUUGUGAAAUGCAAGGUUUAAUUUAUGUAAUUGGGGGCAUCAGCAAUGAAGGAAUAGAGCUUCGUUCUUUUGAAGUGUAUGAUCCACUUUCUAAGCGUUGGUCUCCACUUCCUCCGAUGGGAACCAGGAGAGCCUAUCUUGGUGUGGCUGCACUCAAUGACUGUAUCUAUUCUGUUGGAGGGUGGAAUGAGACACAGGAUGCUCUUCAUACCGUGGAAAAAUAUUCCUUUGAAGAGGAAAAGUGGGUUGAAGUUGCUUCAAUGAAAGUGCCUAGAGCAGGCAUGUGUGUUGUGGCAGUCAAUGGGCUUCUGUAUGUUUCUGGAGGUCGAUCUUCGAGCCAUGAUUUCUUGGCCCCAGUUGGAACUCUCUGCACUGAGACCAUGCGCUUUCCAACUAUGGGUGUUAUAUGGAGACCGAUAGCCUAUAUCCCGGGGACGGCAACUGCUGAGGAAGGCAAAGACCUAAGGGUCAAUCCACUCAAUUUAGGUGAAAACGCCCCAUACUGCCACCGUCCCAGAGGAAAGAGUUGCAAAAUGCAAGCCUCCUGAGAAAAGGGCGCGCUUUGAGAACCCAAGGAUCGUCGGGAAACUGCCUGACAUUCCCAGCGGCUUCGAUUUAAUCUCGACCCUCGGUACCUCCCCCACCCCCCCAAUUUGCACAUUGUGGCAGCAGCCCUGCUGUUAAAUAUGUAAGUAUACUUGCCAG